AUGAGCAGUAUAGAAUUUCUCAACGAAGCAAUUGAAGUCGAAAAAGAAAUCGAUGAAAUUAAUUCAUACGUUCGACAAGUUCAAACCAUUCAAUCAAAACGAUUAAUAGCAACAUCAGCACAGCAAGAGGCAACACUUGCUCAAGAACGCGACCAACUCACGGACUUACUAAUAAACUUACUUACCAAAACAAAAGAUCAUAUCAGAAAGAUUGAAUCAGAGAAUAUAAAACUUAAAAAAAAUAAUCAUCCAGAUGUUACUUUACGAGAAAAUCGAUAUGCUGUUCUUAAGAGCAAAUUUCAAAAAGCUCUGAAUACUUAUCGAGACAUAGAAGAUUCAUACAUGAAACAACAAAAGGAAAGAUUAAUCAGGCAAUAUCGAUUCAUAAAUCCUGAUACUACACAAGAGGAAAUCGAAAACUAUCUUCAGAAUCCAUCCAAUAAUUCGAUUUUUUCACAAACUUCUGCGAGAAGUAGAGAAGCUAAGGCUGCAUUAGAAGAAGUACAGAAACGUCACGGUGAUAUUCAACAUAUUGAAAAAACUAUUACUGAAUUACUCAAAUUAUUUGAUGAGAUACGGUUACACGUUGAAGAAAGCGAUCCAAUGGUACAAGAAGUAGAGAAUAAUAUAGAACAAAAUGCUGUGGAUUUAGAAAAAGCAACCGAAGUUUUACAAGUUGCAAAUGUGGAAGCAAAAAGCGCAAGGAAUAAAAAAUGGACUUGUUGCGCU